UCCCCGCUGGGCAACUUCACUACCCUUCAGUGCGUAAGCAUGGCCGAGUCGAAGGGCUUCUCUCACGGGACCGAUUCAAAGAGCGCGUCCUCUGCGACCGCUUCGGUGACCCCCUCAAGAGGCGCCGAGGGCCGGAGAGGAUCUGCCUCCUCGACGAAAUCGUCUUCUUCCGCGAAGUCCAAGGGCAGCGUGGAGCGCAAGAAAAGGAAGCAGCGAAAGGCCCCUGCCACCGAUCAAGCUGGCAACGAGGCAAAUGUGCAGCCUCCUCAGAAAGCAGACGACAAGCCAACCGCCGAGCCGCCGGCAGGAACGAACCCCCAGGAGGACGAAGAGGCUCCGGCAGCGGCGUCGUCGGGUCUACCGCCCGACGUCACGCUCGACUCCGUUCUCCACCCGAUGGCGCCAACAUCGCUGUCUUCGGAGUCUACGCGCGUCGCGAUGUCCGACACCAGCCUGUCGAAGACGCCAGCGACAGAGCCAUUGGACACGAAUCAGGAGGUCACGGGUGGCCUCAUUGUCCCUUGGGUUCCACAGACAGAGCCGCCGAUCCCACAGCGUGCCGCCGCGCCGGAAGGUAUUCUCCAGAAUCCGUCGACGUCCGAGACUUUGGACCAACCGUGUGACGACGAGCAUCAGGUCAUGCCACAGCUUCCACCUGUACCGUCAGGGUCGGUGCCAGUGCCUAAAGUGCCCGAAUGGUCUUUGCAGCGACCGUCAAAAAGGGUGUUCCGUGCGGGACAGAAGGUGACAUUAUGCACAUUAUAACAACUUCAUAUUAAACAAGCAUACAUUGUUCUGUUUUAUGAAAAGGUUUAUCGAUGUAAGAAUUUACCCGACCAACUCAAGAUGGGUAGAUGACUGUAGUUAUAUGGCAUCGUCCUUUCGUCGGAAUCCAU